GCGUGAAUCUGCAGGUCUGCAGCAUCCCCUUAUUAACAUCAGGACUUCCCACGUAAGGAAGGUCCGCUCACCUGUUCGUCAGAUCAUUAUUUCCUCGCCAUGAUCUUUUAUCAUCCCAUCAACCUCCAGUCAUCCAACUGAAACCAGUUAGUGUUCCUGAUCAUUCUCAGAAUAUGUCACGCCUGCUCUGGUAUUAAAAGUUAGUACAUUUAAGUCCUAGAUCAUAUUUGUUCCUGCUCUACUGUCAUUUUGAAGGAUUAUUAUUUAUGUGUUUUUACUACAUUAUGAGUAGAAAUGCUAAUAAAAACUCCCAAUUAUACACACAAGUGAAACUGGAAAAAUUUGAAUCUGGUGCAAAGUCACAUUUAUUUCAGUCAAUCAACUAGACAGAGAGACUAUUUAAAGGCUCAGGAACCUUCUAUUUGUAAUUAUAAAUUUUAGUUGAUUUGGGUUUUGUUUCAUAUCACACAGUGACAUUUGAAUAAUUAAAAUGCAUUUUUUUUAUUAAAAGCUUUAGUUUACAGUAAUAACCAUGUCUAAUGUUUGAUUCUCUGUCUCAACAUUUUAAUUAAAAGUUUUACUUUGAGAGCACAUUUUCCUGAACGAUUAAAAUGCGAUUAAUUGAGAUUAAUUAAUUACAAAGCCUGUAAUUAAUUAGAUUAAAAUGUUUAAUCAAGUCCCAGCCCUAAAUUUUAGAGUUUUUCGCGAGGUAGUCUUCAAGCUUCUCCGUGUCUGCCGCUAGUUAUCCUCGGCUCUCUUUGCAAUGGCGGCACUGUAAACAACAGCGGCGUCCUGACCAAUCACAAGCUUGCGUAAUCCAUCUCGUUCGACGGAUGUUUAAACAAGUGGGCUCGACUCCGUACGUACUUGCGUGCCUGCCGGAGCCCUAUGCAAGGAUGGAUAAUGGCGUUGCGUGUCUCCGCACUGAUGCAGACGGAGAAGCAUAAAUCAGGCUUUAGAGGAGAAGAAAAGUAACAUUAGCAAGCUGGCUAAAUUAUUUUUUACUAGCAUUUCAAGGUCUUGAACCAGAUCUUCACUUACCUAAACAUCAAACCAGUUUGUCCCAGCUGAGCUCAUCAGGGCUUUAGUCUGACAGCCUGUCAGUGAAACACGGCUCCAGCCUUCUGGAUGUGGACUCUGAAAAGCAAAGGAGCAUUUUUACUUUUGUUUUAAUUAUUUUACAGCCGAUUUUAUCAGCUUUCCGACACUCACGCUCAUACAGACAGUGAGCUUUGCUGCGUCUGACUGAUGCAGAGUUAGUUUUUAUAUCUGCAGUGAGACAAAAAACUAACCUCACUUCACUCAGAGAUUGUUCUUUAAAACUCUAUUAAAUCCACUGUGUUGCCGCACUUUAAUGACUUUGUCACUCUGCAUUUGAGCUGAUAUGGGACUUUAUUUCCUGGAUGCUAAGAUUACAUCGCACUCACGUAGAAUAAAGCCUAGUUUAUGCUUCUCCGUCAGCUCCGCAAGGGACAGACACGCACGGAUUGACGGAGGCGUUUUGCUCUCAUACUUCUCCCUUUGCUGCAGGGGUGUUGCAAAGCAAUUCUCCGCCAGGGCAACAGAGGGCGUAGCGUACAGUGACGUACUAUUUCCUUGGAAAUCACUUUCGCAGUCUGAAAAAUGGCGAGCAACAAGAGACAGAGAAGUUUGAUCGAGUUGGAACAGUGUUACCUAGAUGAAGAAAUGCUUAUCCUGCUGAAAUACUAGCGUGAACAUAAAAGGAGACAGCGGCGUCGGUGGGAUGUCCGUCCGCUAAACAGGCCUAGGCCGACAACAGGCGAAUUUUCUGGACUUGUGCAACCUUUGAGGGACAUGGAUGCAGAAAUGCAUUUCAGGUAUUUCCGUAUGUCGGUUGACAGAUUUGAUGAGCUGGUUCGGCGAUUGAAACCAUUGAUACAUCACCAGGGGACACACAGCAUACCGAUCAAUGUUGCCCAGAGACUGGCCGUGACUCUGCGUGUUUUGAGUUCUGGUAGCAGUCAACAGGCUGUGGCUUCCAGCUACAAAAUGGCAUCCAGCACAGUGUCGAUGAUUGUUUCUGAGGUCUGCAGCGCGUUGUGGGAAGCACUCCAACCAGAUUACCUGCCAUGUCCUUCAACUAACCAGUGGGCAGUCAUCGCAGCAGAUUUUUGGUGUCUUUGGAACUUCCCAAACUGUGUGGGGAGCCUGGAUGGCAAACAUGUGACCAUCAAAGCCCCACCAAAUGCAGGGAGUGACUACUUCAAAAUUACAUGGGCACUCACUCCAUUGUGCUGAUGGCAACAUGUGAUGCCAACUAUCGAUUUACGAUGGUGGACGUCGGUGGGUAUGGACGGGAAAGUGAUGGUGGUGUGUUUAAAGAAAGUGACUUUGGUUCAACACUCCUGAACAACAAGUUGAACCUGCCACCUCCUGCGUUUCUCCCUGGAACCAGGACUGAAGCACCACACGUGCUAGUUGCUGAUGCUGCCUUCCACCUGCACAUCAACAUAAUGCGACCUUUUCCAGGACAUAAUUUGGACAAGGAUAAGCUUAUCUUCAAUUACCGCCUUUCCAGAGCCCGGCGUGUCAUUGAGAACAGCUUUGGGAUCCUAGCAGCGCGUUGGCGAAUUCUUGGGAGGGCCAUCGAGUUCCACCCAGAUAAAGCGGUCAAGGUUGUGAAGGCGUGUGUGGUUCUCCACAACUACCUGGCAUACAGUGACAAUGCGAACACACCAGAGAGCCGAUACAUCCCACCCACUUUUGCUGACAGCGACUCGGCAGGAGUGGCGCACCCUGGAGAUUGGCGGAGAAUGGUGGCGGGUGACUCCAAUCUGCUACCGGUCAACACAAAGAUGAUGAGCAAGAGCCGCUCAAACAGGAAUGCCGUUUGUGUGAGAAAUGAACUGGCACAAUUCUUUUUGUCACCAGCAGGAGCUGUGUCCUGGCAGGAGGAGACUGUGUCACGUGGCACACUCGCAGACUAGAUGUUGUCCAUCGUAAUCAGUGCCUGGUGGUACUGUUCUGUUUUCUUUUUAUUGCUGUUCACCAGGUCCAUUUUUCUGGUGCUUUGUUAACUGAUGUUUACAUGAUUGUACAGCUCAUAUGUUGUUGUGCAAGUGCUAGUUGAAUUAACUACAAAUUGAAGCUGAGUGAAUAAAACCUUUAAAAAAUCUCAA